CUAGAAUAAACACAUACGUCUGUAAGUGCGCUUUAUAAUUUCAAGCGCACAAAAUGCUUUACACGCGUGGUAGACUGUAGUGUGACUAGUAGAAAACCACAGUGUUAAAAUUUACAACAGCACAAAACAAGAGUCAUGAAUAACAAAUUAAAUACUGGUGUAGAAGGUAUUAAAGGUAUUUGAGGUCAUUUAAUUAGCGUAAAGUGCAAGUUUCAAUAAACACAGUUGUCCCUUUGAGGCUAAACGGCCAGCUGGGGGCUCAAUUCUAAUUCUUUGUCGUCUAUCAUUCACAUUAGACUUCGUUAUUAUACAAUGUUACGCAAAUAUUAAUUUAGGAGAAACUUUGACGUAGGUAAGCAUAGUCAGGGUCACGGAGUCGUGUUGACUCACACCUCGAGGUCUUAUGUGAGUAUUUAGAUAAGUCUAUCUACAUAAUUCACCUUUCAACAGUGUAAUAAAUACAUUUAGUAACGCUGUAGGCGUAUACGACUGUUCACUUUAGCCGUUAUAUUGUGUUUUGCAUAUAUCGACCUGUCUGUAUUUAUGUGCUCGUAAAAGUUAACGGGCAUCAGGGCCAAUAUACAGUUUUUUGUUUGUAGUUUUCGACGAAGAGAAGAUACGCGUCACAAAACAGUCUAACGUAUUCGGAUUAAGAUAGAAGUUCGUAUGUACCUAAAUACAUUGUGCUUAUAAAAAAUCCUUUGAUGUAUAGCUUGGAGUAGGCCCAAGAUGGGGUUGGUAUAAUCAUAGAAAUGCUUAGAAAUGAACUUGUCCUGGAAGAGAGAAUUACUGAACAAACAACUUGCGUCAAUCGAGACGAAAGGCAAAGGACAAAGUUUAAUUUUAAGAAGGGCUUAUUCUGAGAACGAACCAGACAUUUCGUCAAACAAAAUCGAUGUUUUGAGAAGAGUUAAUUCCACUGGCUGUUGCUCAAUGGAGCGUAACCGUGGUCACGUGGGUAGUACUUGGUCAGAAACAUUAAGCGAUGACGUCAGUGAGGACAGUGAUACAAGUUCACGAAAUGGGGAAAUCACCCGUGACGUCACCGAUUCAGCAAUUUCUCUUGAUGACGUAGAGCUCGGAUUUUCGUUGCAGUGUUCUCAGACGAAGACGUUAUCAAAAAUAUCAACAAUUUCUCGGAAUAUCACUGUUCCUGAUAAUAUGCCGUCACUGGAAAACGCGGAAUGGCGUCUUCGGUCGUUCAGUGACGUCGCGUCUACAGAGUUGGGAUUUUUCGAGCGGAAUUUCGUAUCCUGGGAAACGAUUGAUGACGUGGACAAAGAAAGUGGGAAUUCCAAAAGACACGAGUCAUAUAAUCCCAGCGAGAGUUCGGUCAUAUUUCCUGAUGAAAUGAGAAGCUAUUAUGACUUCAUAACCGCUUGUUCAGACGUCAGAAAACAUGGGAAAUUAGGAUCGAACGCCAGAAAGGAUUCGGCGACGUUUUCCAAUAGUGAUGGAUACCCUUGUACAUUGACUGCUGCGAAUUUACGUCACCAGUUACAGCGAUGCUACGUUUAUAUACACGGAGGGAAAGACGAAUCCGGUUGCCCUGUUAUUUGCUUCCCACACUACCCAAGUCUACAUGAAAUUCCGGACGAAGAUUUUAAGAACACAUUACUCUACUUAACACAAACAACGAGAGCGUCUGUUGCCGAUCUUGGAUUUGUUAUUGUUUUGGACAGGAGGAGGGAUAAGUGGUCUUCACUCAGAGGAACGCUUAUACGACUCGCGGAACAUUUUCCUGGCAACAUUAGAUUCGUGUUUGUUUUACGACCACAAGGUUUCUUCCAAGGCGCUAUCUCUAAUAUUGGGUUUCGAUGGCAAAAAGAUGAUUUUUCAAUGAAGGUACCGGUUGAAAUGUUGACACAUUUGGAUGAGUUACAUCAGCGAAUCCAUCCUUCUGAUUUAACUAAGGAUUUUCAAGGCACCUUUGGUUAUGAUCAUUCAAUGUGGAUUAACAACAGAAUGCUUGUUGAAACUUUUGCUACAAAAGCAACUACCAUUAUUACAUCACUUGAAGAUUAUGGAAGUGUUCUGGCUGAAAGUGAAUUACCAAACGAUUCCAAGUCAGCAGCUGUGCUUAUAAACUUUCAACAGAUAAAAACCAACACACAUAAAGAGGAAAUUCUUAGUUUGGAGAGAGAAGCAAAAUCACUAAGGGAUAAAAUCUCAAACUUAAACAUCAACGAUGUAAAUGCAGUAGAGUCCGACCUCAUGGAAUGUUAUGCAACACUCAUCUCUGAGACAAAUCUUACAUUUGAGAACUUCUGGUUGAAAUACAAGGAGAAGAUGAAACAAUGUUUAGAACUACGGCUCUUUGAAGAGGAUUAUAGAGAAGUAUGUUCCAAGCUGGAAUCAAUUCAGAAACAGAUUGAGAUGAAAUACUCAAGUGUUGGAAUCACAGCCCUGUGGAUGGAAAGUCUUAUAAGUGAUCUCACUGGACUUGAACAACAAAGUAAAGAAUGUCUAACACUUUGUGAAAAUGUGCAAAGAAGUGGUUCAGAUCUGGUUACAGUCGGCCAUUAUGCAGUAGACUGUAUCCAACCUAAGACAGAUGAGCUUAGCAACUUGUCUUCAAUAAUUAAUGAAGAAGUUUCAAGACUUCAGGAUUCGGUGAAAUCCUACCAAACUUUUCUCACCCAAAUCAACGAGGUACGACAGUGGUGUGAAGAUGGAAUGUCCUUUCUUGCUGGUCAAGUCCUUGAAAAAAGUUUGACAUUAGAUGGUGCAACGUCUGCUUUUGAUGAAUUAGAAACAAGGUUCAAAAAUAAAGAAAAAAUCAUUGGUAUUAUGAAUUCUGAUGCCAGUAAACUUUGUGGAAGAGUUUGGUCAUCUGAAGCAGAGGGUCUAUCUUCCCAUGUGAAAUCAAGGUUAGAUGAAGUAAUUCAACUUUACAAGAAACGUAGAGCAAGCUUGAAAAAAGUGACAACAAAACAUGGAGAUCGACCCAUACAACUUGUAGAACCAUCGAAAAAGACAACUGAUUCACCCAAAACAAGCAAGCGAGAAGUAAACAGAGAAAAUAAACAAAAUGGGAGGGGAACAAAAAGAAACUCACGAUUGGUGAUUACCAAACUUGAAGACAAUCAAGUCUCAUCAUCUCCACCAUCAACUCGUAAGACACAACAUCCUAAGGUUGAAAAACAAUCUGAAAAUCUUUUUUUGAAGCAACAGCAUGUUAUGAAAGAAUUGGUGUCAACUGAGAGAACAUACAUCACAGAACUUAAAAGCAUUGUAGAGGGUUACGGACAACCGAUAGAUGAUCUUGAACGCUCAGAUGUUCCUGUUGUAUUACAAGGAAAAUCAAAAGUGUUGCUAGGCAACAUGGGAGAUAUAUAUGAUUUCCAUGGCAAUGUAUUUCUUGCAUUAUUAGAUGAAUGCAUGGAUUGUCCAUCUAGUGUUGGAAAGUGCUUCUUGGAUAAGAAAGAAAAUUUUGAGAUCUACUCCGAGUAUUGCCAGAACAGCAUCAAAUCUGAGCAUCUUCGUAAUCUAGUGGGUGAACAACAUCCAUUCUUUGUACAAUGCCAGAAGAAUUUGGGACACCGCUUAUCAUUAAGUGCAUUCCUACUGAAGCCAGUUCAAAGAGUGACGAAAUACCAACUUUUAUUACAGCAAAUGCUAAAGUACAGCAGCACACACUUAAAAGAACUCCAGGCAGCCGUCCAAGCUAUGUUAGAAGUUCUUAAAUCAGUUAAUGAUGGAAUGCAUCAAGUUAUGAUCACUGGUUACAAAGGUGAUCUAACAUUACUUGGGAAGUUGCAUCUACAAGGGCAGUUUACAAUGCAAGUUGAUCAUAAGAAAUCAAGAGUAAAGAGUCUAAAAAGGCCACGGUUUAGCAAACUAAUCCAACGUCAUUUAUUUCUCUACGAUGAUGAGGUACUUAUUUGUAAAGCUCAAACAGCUGAGAAUUUAGAUGAUGAACACAGCAAGACGACCAACCCAAAUAUAUCCCCAGUUGCAAAAGUUAAAGGAUUGCAAUAUUUGUAUAAAAACUCAAUUAAGAUGGGAAGUGCUGGGAUGUCUGACACUAUAAAAAGCGAUGCACGAAAAUUCGAAAUAUGGUCAGAAGGACGAGAACAUGUUUAUACUCUGCAAGCCCCAACACUAACCACCAAACAAGAGUGGGUGCGAGAUCUAAAAAAAGUUCUAUCGUCACAAACUAAAGUUCCAUUUACAUCAGCCAUAGAUAUAACCAAUACACAACACGGUAUAAUGAAACGAAAAUCGUCUUGUCCGCCCACAACUGUAGCGUACGUAAAACCAAAACAAUCAGAAAAUGAAUCAAAAAAUUCAAAUAAAGUGCAAGUGAAACCAAAGCGUGCUGCAAGUCUCUGUGUAGCAGACAUAAAGGUUGAAUGCAGUGCAUCAGAUUUCAAGCAGCUUUCUCUUGAUCACUAAUUUAUUCAUAUUUCUUAAUUUACAACUGUGAAGUUUUUUAUUUCCUAUCAAAUAAAACAAUGAUUU